AUGAAUGAAAAAUGUAUUUGUAUGCUUGGAAGAUUUGAUCGUGAAUGUCAUCUCCAGUAUGAUCCAUGCAAACAUAUUAUGUGUCAAAAUCAAGGAAUAUGUAUUCCACUAGAUAUUCGAGCAUCACCAUUUAUGUAUGCUUGCAUUUGUAAUCAAGAAUAUUUUGAUAAUUUGUGUCAAUAUAGUUCAGCGAAAGCAUUCAGCACUGUGACAAAAUCGAUUCAAAAUCAAUUACAUAUGACGUCAUUUAGUCAAAUACCACUUGUUACUGUCUAUUUUGUGGAUAUAUCGAAUAAUAUUGCUAUUCCAGCAAUUCGGGAUCAUUUCGUUUAUACAAAAAUAUCGUUUGGUAGUGAUAUUAUUGCCAUAUCGAAUCGUCAAAUGUAUUUAUCAAGUUUUAUAUUUGUACAAAUCUAUUUUAAUACUAAGGAUUUGUAUGGUCACUAUUAUUUAAUUGGUCUUUUAAAACUACCAAUGAAGCUAAUUAAAACAUCUACUCUUACUUCACAUCGUUAUCCACAUAUAGGAGAAUUAUUAAAUUCAACAAUAAUGUCGUAUGUGUAUUUGAAACGAAUUAAAUUUUACUAG